AUGUCCUCCGUCACGGAAGUCUUACAACGAAAGCCGAAGAACCUCGCCGUUCACACCAAUCCUGCACACGAUCUCCAUCUCGUUCAAAGCGACGUUCCAGAACCAGGCCCAAAUGAUUGCCUAGUACACGUGCGCGCAACUGGCAUCUGCGGCUCGGAUGUGCAUUUCUGGAAGCAUGGCCAUGUUGGCGACAUGGUCGUUGUUGGCGAGAACGGGCUGGGCCACGAGAGUUCAGGCAUGGUUAUCAAAGUUGGAGAAGGAGUAACAAGAUUCAAAUCGGGCGAUAGAGUGGCCCUGGAAUGCGGCGUACCCUGCUCCAAGCCAACCUGUUACUUCUGCCGAACCGGCCAUUAUAACGCCUGCCCAGAGGUCGUGUUCUUUUCGACUCCUCCUUAUCACGGGACCUUGCGUCGAUAUCAUGUACAUCCUGAGGCUUGGCUCCAUGCCUUGCCUGACGACAUGACUUAUGAAGAGGGUUCGCUGCUGGAGCCUCUUUCUGUCGCAUUGGCUGGCAUCGACCGCUCAGGUUUGCGUCUGGGCGACUCACUCGUUAUUUGCGGGGCUGGCCCUAUUGGUCUGGUCUCCCUACUUGCGGCUCAUGCGGCUGGUGCAGCACCCAUCGUCAUCACAGAUCUGGAUGAGAACCGUUUGGCCAGAGCCAAGGAGCUGAUUCCACGUGUCCGCACUGUGCUCGUGGGUCGGGGUGAUGAUGCAAAGGCACUUGGCAAGAAGGUCGUCGACACACUCGGAGAGGAGGCAAAGCUCGUGCUGGAAUGCACCGGCGUGGAGGGCAGCAUACAUGCAGGUAUCUAUGCUGCAAGAUUUGGAGGCGCCGUCUUUGUCAUUGGGGUCGGCAAAGACUUCCAGAGUAUCCCAUUCAUGCAUCUAUCGGCCAAAGAAAUCGACUUGCGCUUUCAGUACCUCUACCACGACACCUACCCAAUUGGAAUCAGCCUAGUCAAAGAAGGUUUGAUCAACCUCAAGCCGCUCGUAACGCACCGCUUCAGCCUGGAGCAGGGUGUUGAGGCUUUCGCGGCUGCGUCAAAUCCAACUGCGAGAGCGGUCAAAGUCCAAAUAAUCGACGACUAA